AUGAGCAGCCAGAACCCUGAAACUGCUCAGAAUAGCGACAAUCCCCAAUUGCGCAAAGUUGACCUGAGCUCGGGUACUGAUCACCGUGACUUCUCGGUAUUCACUGUCAACCAGAAACGAGCCAUCGUGGCAGUUGGAUCCUUAGCGGCUUUCUUCUCCCCAUUGUCUUCAAGCAUCUAUUUCCCAGCUCUGAACACUGUCGCAGAUGCCUUGAAUGUGACAACAUCAAAAGUGAACCUCACGGUCACUACUUAUCUGAUCAUGCAAGGAAUCGCACCGAUGCUCAUUGCAGGCUUCUCGGACACUGCUGGCAGGAGACCAGCAUAUAUCAUCUGCUUCACCAUUUACAUUGCCGCGAAUCUAGGCCUUGGACUCCAGAAUAGCUAUGCCGCUCUCAUGGUUCUCAGGUGUCUCCAAAGCGCAGGAAGUAGUGGAACAGUGGCACUAGCAAAUGGUCUGGUCGGAGACAUGAUAACUUCUUCCGAACGGGGAUCUUACAUUGCUUUUGCCUCCUUGGGCAGCAUGCUGGGCCCUUCGUUAUCACCAGUUAUUGGCGGCUUGAUCAGCCAGUUUCUCGACUGGCAUUGGAUUUUCUGGUUCCUACUAAUUCUCUCUGGGGUUUUCUUUCUGUGCCUUCUCCUGUUCCUGCCCGAAACAUGCCGCAAGGUAGUUGAUGACGGAUCUGUACCGCCGCCCUUGAUCAAUAUGUCGAUCACUGACAUUAUUCGCCAUCGAAAGCGCAAAGAAAGAGGUGAGAUCGCAUCCCCAGAAGACAUUGUCAAAACAAGGAAGAAUCAUGCUUUACGUUUCCCUUCACCUCUUCCAACCUUGAAAGUUGCAACGGACUUAGAAACUGGUGCAAUUCUCUUGACAACUGGAUUAAUGUACGCCGGCUUCUAUGCCGUCAUGACCGGAGCCACCACAACUUUCCAUGAAGUAUAUCAUUUCAACAAUAUCCAAACUGCGUUGAUGUAUCUGCCUAUUGGCGCAGGAGGGGUUGUUUCUGCCUUUUUAACCGGUCGAAUCGUUGACUGGAAUUAUCGCCGGCACGCCAAAGGAGCCGGAAUACCCGUCGUGAGAAACAGAAGACAAGAUAUCAGCAACUUCAACAUCGAAAAAGCAAGGUUGCAGAUCGCUAUACCCAUGUACUAUCUGAGCACGGCUGUGAUGAUAUGUUUUGGCUGGGUCAUGGGCCGAAGGGUCAACUUGGCAGCCCCUGUCAUUCUUUUAUUCAUCAGCGGAUGGUCACUUAAUGCAACUUCACAAGUUUUGAACGCUUUGAUGGUUGAUAUAUGGCCAGGUCAGUCAGCCGCAGCAACUGCGGCCAAUAAUUUGAUGCGCUGUGAACUAGGAGCCGCCGCAUCUGCUGUCAUCAACCCCAUGAAAAUUGCUAUGGGCUGGGGUUGGGCGUACACCACACUAGCACUUAUAUCAAUUGCUGCGUCACCCAUUUUGUGGCUCAUGACACGAUAUGGAAUUACAUGGAGACAGAAGAGACUGCGGAAAGAAAAAUCAACCCAAAAACAUUAA